UUUGUUGUUUUGAGGAUUUUGCAGGUGGAAAUUAAGUGUAAACAUUUCAAUUGAAUGAAUUUCCCUUUAAAUUUCCCCUUGGGGAUCAAUAAAGUAUCUAUCUAUCUAUCUAUCUAUCUAUCUAUAAGCUACAUCAUAUGGCUGAAAUUGACUCAAAGUAAUCUCCAGCAGUCAUUUUGACCGUGCCAUUAAGUAACGCAAACAUCCCGUGUGGAUCCGAUUACUUCAUUUGAGUGAGUCAAAGUGAAACCGCAGCGAGGGACAUUUCAUCUGGCGCUGUACAACGCCUAACGGCCCUGGCUGUUGAUGGUGUCCCAUUAUGGAGUGGGCGGAGACUGACUAUUUCAGGGUAUAGCCGCACGCAGGGCGCUCAAACGCAUGCUGGAUUACUGUGGGUUGCGAGGCUACACUCGCCCGGGUGGUAGCGAGGGCGUUUACCUUUUAAAAUAAUAAUAUUAUAGCCUGUGGAAUAGCCGAGACUUGCAUCUUCACACGUGAGCUAUCGUGAUGCACAUCUUCAAAGUGACUUUGUGAGCAGCCGCCUACAACAUGCCUGGACUGAGUGGGAAUUUUCCAAAUCCUCACGGGAGUGGAGAGAGCAUGUUAAUCUCCGGCCCAAAUCAGACCUGUGCUGGACUUCUGCAAACUUCUUCGGGACAAACCCCGUGUGAAACUGCGCAGACGCAACAGGUGCAACAGAAGGUUACGGGGCCAACCAUGUCAAGUCCCACUCUGGAUGUCAUCACAUCCAGCCAAGACCUCCGCUGGCUUCUGCAGUCCUCUCUCUGGACCCAGCCCGACUCUUCAUGGCAGACGCUGGCCUCGUUUAUGCCCCACGAGGAGCCCAUCGGUCGUCCUCCGGGCCCGAGACCCAGCUGCUGCCACGCACGCCCACGCUGUCCCGGUGCCACGGGCAAAACAAGGACAAAGGUUGCGGGCCGUCUGGAUGACAAAGUGUCUCAGGAGGAGGCAGAGCGGAGGAGGCUACGCAGGGAGCGUAACCGCAUGGCUGCUGCCAAGUGUCGAAACCCGCCGCCGCGAGCUCACCGACACCCUGCAGAGCGAGAGUGACCAGCUGGAGAGCGUCCAGACGCGGCUGCAGGAGGAGAUCGCCGGUCUGGAGCGGGAGAAGGAGAAGCUGGAGCUGGUGUUGGAGGCACACAAGCCCAUCUGCAGGAUGCCCCACAGC